AUGGUUGGACCGUGGCGGAUCGGGAGGACGGUCGGCGAGGGCUCGUCCGGACGCGUCAAGCUCGCCAAGCACAAGGUGACGGGCCAGUACGCCGCCGUCAAGAUCGUGCCCAAGCCGCGCAGGCAGAACCAGGAGAAGGCCGACAAGAUGCUCCUCGGGAUCGAGCGCGAGAUCGUCAUCAUGAAGCUCAUCGAGCACCCGAACGUCCUGCGCCUCCUCGACGUGUGGGAGACGGGCUCUGAGCUGUACCUCAUCAUGGAGUACGUCGAGGGCGGCGAGCUGUUCGACUACCUCGUGCGCAAGAAGCGCCUGCACGCCGACGAGGCGCGCCACUACUUCCAGCAGAUCAUCUCGGGCGUCGACUACUGCCACCGGUUCAACAUCUGCCACCGCGACCUCAAGCCCGAGAACCUGCUGCUCGACUCGGAGAAGAACAUCAAGAUCGCCGACUUUGGCAUGGCCGCCCUCGAGCGCGAGGGCAAGCUCCUCGAGACGAGCUGCGGCAGCCCGCACUAUGCUAGUCCCGAGAUCGUCGCCGGUUCGACCUACCACGGCUCAUCGUCCGACAUCUGGUCGUGCGGCAUCAUCCUGUACGCGCUCCUCACGGGCGUCCUCCCGUUCGACCACAGCGACAUCCGCACCCUGCUCGCCCUCGUCAAGCGCGGCGAGUACUACAUGCCGCCCGAGCUCCCGACCGACGCCCAGGACCUCCUGCGCCGCAUGCUCGUCGUCGACCCGGAGCGCCGCCUCAAAAUGGAGGACAUCCGCGCCCACCCGUGGGUGACGCGCCAGGCGCCGCGCCUCAUCUACGGCCAGGAGCCGCCGCCGCCGCCCGACGUGCGCCAGAUUGCGCGCCCGGUCGGCAACCGCGACGAGAUCGACCCCGAGAUCCUGACCAACCUCAAGACGCUGUGGCAGGGCGCCGACGAGGGCGAGAUCGUCCAGGAGCUCUUGUCGCCCAAGUGCGUCCCCUCCCCUUCCCCCCUUCUCUCCUCUCGACGGACUCGCCCUGACCCUUUCCCUGUCUUUCUCGCGCACAGCAAAACGUGGGAGAAGGUCUUCUACUGCCUCCUGUACCGCUACCGCACGCGCAACCUCGAGAACUUCAACAUGGAGGAGGAGGAAAUCCGCAAGCCUCGUCGCACCGCCGGUGCGUCCUCGCGUUUCUCCCUUUCGCCCCGUCUCAUACUCGCAGCGAACCAUGCCUGA